AUGAGUUCUUACAAUCCAUUCAGUCAGUCCUCUAGUUAUUUAGAGCUUCUCAACAGUCAAGGAGAGUCACUUAACCAAGAAAACUCUCCUUAUGAGAGUUUUCCACCACCUGGCCACAAUGGUGCUUAUGAAAUAGCUCCUUGGAGCUCUCAACAAUCCCAGGAUGCACCUCUUUCUCAAGAGACACCUGUUAGGAAGGAUAGGAAGAAAUGGAAUCCGACUGACGAUGAAAUUCUUAUCAGUGCGUGGUUGAACACUUCAAAGGACCCGAUUAUUGCAAAUCAACAAAAGGGAGGAAGUUUUUGGCAAAGGGUUAAAAAAUACUAUGCAGAGUCUCCUCAUGCUAUAGCCAAUGGUGAACAGGGGCUGAACAUAAACUCUAAGCAGAGGUGGUUCAAGAUCAAUGAGUACACUAACAAGUUCUGCGGGGCUUAUGCAGCUGCAGAGAGACUAAACAGUAGUAGACACUCUGAGAACGAUGUGCUGAAGGUGGCUCACGACAUCUACUUCUCUGACUAUAAGACGAAGUAUACAAUGGAACAUUGCUGGUGUUUGUUAAGGUUUGAGCAGAAAUGGCUGAACCUUAACGCUAUUAACACCCCUUCACCUUCAGUCAGAACAAAGAGGAAACCAGUUGCUGCAGCUUCACAAUCUGAGGCAGCUUCACAAUCCGAGGCAACCCACACUGAGGAAGACUUUGAGAAAAGGCCUCAAGGUAUCAAGGCUGCAAAGGCCAUCAGGAACAAUGCUCAGGGGAAGGCUCUUGCUGAGUACAAGAGCAUGUGGGAAGUAAAGAAAGUGGAUAUGGCUGAAAAGGAGAAGCUACAUAAGCUUGGCAUACUAGACACACUUCUUGCCAAACCAGAGCCACUUAGUGCAGUUGAUCAAGUUAUCAAGGAUAAGAUAGUGGCUCAGUAUUUCUGUGAUUGA